GUGAAUAGAGGCCAGACAGGAGGCUGAAGAGAGUGUGUGUGCGACUGUUCACUACUUUAACCUGUAGCUGAAACAGACCUGCUCACAUUUUGUUCACUGGAUAUAACCAGAAGAAGGAUUUUAUUUCACUAAACAAGAUAAGCAAUGUUGAAGCUCUUGAUGCUGGCCGCUGUUGCAGCGCUCCUCCUGCUGUCAGAAGAGGGAAUGCCAGCGAGGACUUUCUCCCGCUCUAAGAGAGAACUGGCCGGCCCGCUGCACCUCAGGGGGAUCCGGGACCCCUUCGGUUCCUACUGCCAGAGGAGAGGAGGCUGCUGCCCCGGCCGAAACGACCAGUGCACUGUCCCGUACCUGGACACCAUCUGUUACUGCGACCUGUUCUGCAACCGCACCGUGUCCGACUGUUGUCCUGACUUCUGGAGCCACUGCCUGGGAACAAAUCCUCCAUACCCUCCCAGCUCUUGUGAAAGGAAUGGCCAAAGGUUUCACUCAGGAGCAACAUACAAAGAGAACUGUAAUUUAUGUACAUGUGGUCAAAAUGGGCGCUGGGAAUGUGAGGAUCACUCCUGUCUGAUAGAGGAUGACAUGAUCCAAGAAAUCAACAGGAGAAGUUACGGUUGGAGGGCAGCAAACUACAGUCAGUUCUGGGGAAUGACCCUGGACGAGGGUCUGCGGUAUCGUCUGGGCACACAACGCCCCUCACGGACCAUUAUGAACAUGAAUGAGAUGCAGAUGAAUAUGAAUGGAAACGAUCAUCUGCCAAGUAACUUCAAUGCAGUGACAAAAUGGCCAGGGAAAAUCCAUGAGCCAUUGGACCAGGGAAACUGCAAUGCAUCCUGGGCUUUCUCAACUGCAGCUGUUGCAUCAGACCGGAUCUCGAUUCAGUCAAUGGGUCACAUGACCCCUCAGCUCUCGCCUCAGAAUCUGAUCUCCUGUGACAAGCGUCAUCAGGACGGGUGCGCCGGGGGGCGUAUCGACGGGGCCUGGUGGUACCUGAGGAGAAGAGGGGUAGUGACUGAGGAGUGUUACCCCUUCUCUGCGGCCCAGCAAACCCCCGAUGAAGUGGCUCGCUGUAUGAUGCAAACUCGAGCGGUGGGCCGGGGGAAGAGGCAGGCCACAGCGCACUGUCCCAACAGCCACACCUACCACAAUGAUGUCUAUCAGUCGACCCCUCCAUACAGACUGUCCUCCAAUGAGAAUGAGAUUAUGAAAGAGAUUAUGGAUAAUGGCCCCGUGCAAGCCAUCAUGGAGGUCCACGAGGAUUUCUUUGUGUACAAGAGUGGAAUUUACAGACAUACAGAUGUCAAUUAUCACAGACCGUCACAGUACCGCAAACAUGCAACACACUCUGUCAGGAUAACAGGAUGGGGAGAGGAGAGCGACUACAAUGGGAGGACACACAAAUACUGGAUUGGAGCAAAUUCAUGGGGGAAGAACUGGGGCGAGGACGGCUACUUCCGCAUCGCUCGUGGUGUAAACGAGUGCGAGAUUGAGACGUUUGUGAUCGGCGUGUGGGGCAGAGUCACCAUGGAAGACAUGCACAACCAUCAUCAUCAUCACGGCCGGCGCAAGUAGAGAUCUGGAGAUCUGCAGAGGGCUCUCUAUGCGCCUCACUGUAUGAUUUAAACCACAGUCCGUCAGGUCUUGUGAGGGUUUGUUAGAGUCUGAUUUCCACCAAACUGACCAAACCCCAGUGCCUUCUGAAUAUCUCUUCACACCACAUGCAUACACAGUGGUGUCCACUGCCCCCCUCUGUCCAAAUACACAUCUCCACUAAAGGUUUGGUUCCUUUUGGUGACUAGUAGGACUCAAAUUUGUGUAUAUGGCAAAUAUCGUCUUAUUGGUGGAAACCGGCUUGUUACACUCCUUGACUGGACCUCAAAUAACAGACAGCCACAGGUCUCAGACGCUCUCAGGACUCAGUAUCCAAAGACACACUUCACAAGCACACACGCGCUCAGCAUCAUAAUAUAACUAUCUCAAAUGUCUAAUGUAGUGAUAUUAGGAUGAGUCUUAUGUUUUGUGUUUUUCCGUACCUUUGGGGAUCAUCACACACUAAGGCAGCACUCCAUACAUCCUGCUAAAGGAAUAGAGGGAUGGAGGAACACCAGAAUGGGGGAAGAAGAAGGUUUUUUAGGACCAAUAAUUUAUUCUAAAAAAAUUCCCUAGAUUAGAUUUAAGACAGUUCUCUGCAUUCCAUUGAGAUUAAGGUUGUUUAAAUAUUACUUUUAAGUAUUUUAAGAUGUAAAGAACCACUCUUGUCUAUGUGUUCAAAAUCUGAUUCUUUUAAGUUGGCUGAACAGAUACAGGCCACUUUCUUCACAAUUCAAAACUGUUAGUCACUCUCAGUUUAGAAUAUAACUAGAAGACACGGAAUAAAAAAAAAAAGAAAGGUAAUUGCGACU